AUGGAUCCCCUGUCCCGGCCGUGGCCGCCGUUUGCGCUGGGAACGUACGCGGAGGAGCGGGAGCUCUUCCAGCUCCUGCAGAUUAUGCUUGAAGAACUAUUAAUUCAUAAGCCAGAUGAUCCUAUUCAGUACAUGAUAAACCAUUUAGAGCAGCACAACGAUGAUGCUCCAAGGAUUUGUGUUCUUGGCCCUCCUGCUUCUGGGAAAACUACAGUUGCAAUGUGGCUUUGCAAACGUUUGGAUGCCAUCCGGAUCUCUCAGGAGACUUUGUUAUUCAAGGAGACUCUAAAGCUGGCAGAGGAGGCAAAGGCACAUAAAGAAAGCAAACAGAAAAUUCCCAACGCUCUUUGGGCCAAUCUGAUCCAGGAACGUCUGUCAAACGUGGACUGCAUCAAACAAGGAUGGAUUUUGGAAGGCUUCCCUGAAAAUCAGGAACAGGCCUGGAUGCUGCAGUCAGCUGGCAUCAUUCCUAGGCACGUUGUUGUGCUUUAUGCUUCAGACACUGUGCUGAUUGAGAGGAACAGUGGGAAAAGACUUGAUCCCCUCACAGAAGAGGUGUACCACACAACCUUUGACUGGCCAAGUGAUGUGGAGAUCCAGCAGCGCUUGGUGAAACCAGAGCUAUCGGAGCAGGAAAUGUCCAAGAAAUUGCUGGAGUAUCACAGAACCUUCCCUGCAGUUUUCCAGAUCUACCAAAAAGUUCUGAGAUCCAUCAAUGCAGACCAGCCUUCCGUGGAUGUCCUCUCACAGGUCCUCACCUAUGUCCGAACACGGCACCGCUCAGCUGCUCCCUUCACACCCCGGAUUCUCUUCUGUGGACCCCCAGGCAGUGGGAAGAGCCUGCAGGCAGCACUGAUAGCUCAGAAAUAUGAUGUUGUCAACAUUUGCUGUGGGCAGUUGCUAAAGGAAGCUGUUGCAGGCAAGACAAAAGUUGGAGAACUUGUUAAGCCUUAUAUUGACAACGGAUACCCAGUCCCAGACCCCCUGUGUGUGAAGAUCCUGGCUGAACGUCUCAGUGCCCUGGACUGCCUGACCCAUGGCUGGGUGCUCCAUGGCUUCCCCAGGGACAUAGAGCAGGGAGAAGAGCUCCAAAAAUCCCAGAUUGCUCCAAACAGGGUGUUUUUCUUUAAUCUCCCCCAUGAAUCCAUCAUGGAACGACUGUCUCAGAGGAGGAUUGAUCCCAUCACAGGGGAAAGGUACCACACUACGUUCAGACCAGCACCCACCCCAGAGAUCCAGGCCCGACUCAGGCAGAACCCAAGGGACACAGAAGAAAACGUGGAGAAGCGUGUGGAAGCCUAUUACAGGCAUGCCAAGGAACUGGAGGGUUUUUAUGAAGAUGCCUUUUAUGUCAACGCUGACCAAGACCCUCACGUUGUCUUUGAGUUUAUAGAAAGCUGUAUCAUUAAGCCCAUUCCAUUAAAAAAAGUUACAAGUUUGUAA